AUGAAGCUUAAAGAGUUCAAUGCUAAGGUGAAAUCACUACCAUUCUAUGUCACUUUUGAAGAAGCUUGGGACAAGCAUGAUUUAGUGGAGUUCUUUUUCACAACUGGUGAAACCAAAGAAGAAGUACACAAACUUUUUCAGAAGGCACGAUUUCCCAUGCCCCUCAUGCAGUCAAUCAACCAUCAUCUCCACCACCCACACCACCACGUGAAUGCCAGCAUGUCAUUCCAACAAGCUUGGCGCCACUACCCAUUCACCACCUUCUUCCACAACUGCAAGGAGACACCACAAGACAUCAAAGAGCUUUUUGAGAAAGCUAAAGUUCAGCCACCUUCAAGACCCUCUACAAGAUUGAAGACCCAGGUCAAUUCUCUACACCGAACAGUGCCUAAUGGAACCUCUAAGGGUGGAUCGACCUACUGA